AAAAAUGCUCAAAAUUAUUCAAAUUAUACAAAUACGGUUUCUGCUUAAUUAACUAACACGACGUCUAUACGAUUAUAACAGUAAUCAAAUAUAAUGUGUUACAGGACAUGGGAGACAUCGGUGAAGUAUUGCGCGAUGUGUCCGAUCUGUCACCCGAAGAUUUGAGAAAACAGAACAGAAACCUACAGAAGUUUUUGGUGAAAGUGAUCGAUUUGUUAAAAGAAAAGACGGAUCGGUGCGUCACUCAAGAGAAACACGUCGAGGCACUCACGUUACAAGUAAGUGUAGAAAUAAUUAAUAUUGUAACAAUUAUAAUGGCGAGAAAAAAAAACAGAUCAUUUGUAUCGUUCAUGUUCUAUACCCACGCGUUGUAUGUGUAUGUGUAACAUUGUGUCGAUUUUUGUGCCCAGACGAACUCAUUGAAAGAGGUGGUGGACAUCACCAAGCACAUGUUGGCUAUCCGGAACACGGAAGUAAAACGUAUGACGGAAGAUCUAGACAGUCUCCAAGCCAAGAUCAACGAAGAGAGGGCCCGGCACAGUGCGAUAAUCGAAAAGAUGAACUUGGCCGCCAAGUGAGUAAAACCGAAUUUUCUCGCAUUUCUCAUAGGAGUAGAGGGGCAUGAGAUAUCCGUGAAAUUUAAUUAACGGGGGGCUCAUAUACAAAAUAAAUAGGUACGAUCACUACGAUGGUAUUUAUAGCGGGGAUCGUUAAAAUAAUUUUUAUAUUUUCUUUAGUCAAAUGUCAAUAAAGUUCUGAUAAAAACGUAUAUUUUUUGGAGAGGCCCUAAUAUCACUUUUCGGACGUUUGUGUGACGUUCAAGUAGCUAAAAACGAAAUAUUGCAUAUUGAUGGAUUUACCAGUAACCAUUCCGGACGUUUGAUUUUCAGAUUAAACGAUGAGCUCAGAUCCGAGUAUAAACAACAGUCUGAACGUUUUGAAAACAUGCGCGUAAAAUACGACGAGAAAUGUUCGAUCCUAACGGAGGAAAACAAGAGACUACAAGACGCGGCGCCCGGCGAAACGACUCAAUGAAUAGAGAGUUUGAAAAAAAUCCGGUCUUUUGUACGUACAUAAUACAAUGUACUCGUGAUGAAAAUAUUGUUGUUUACGAGUUUCAAUAUGAAACUACGCCAUGUUUUUAUCCGAAAAAUAAAAUUUCAAAAUUCAUAUAUCGAUAUUGUUGACCGAUUCAGACAUUCAGACAUUUUAUUAAUUUCCAAUAACAAUAUAAUAUAAUAAUAA